UAUUUAAAGAAAAUCGAGGAUACACAUGUUAAUUUACUUUUUAUAUCUUUGGGUCUGAUAAUCAUGAGUUUUAGUAUCACGUUACUAAAGGUCGUUACGAUGGACUAUUGUUUGGAUUUUUAUAAAUAUUCCAGCUUUUUGAUCGUUCAAUUGAUGCACUUGUGCUAUGUGAUGAUUCAAGGACAAUUCGUGAUAGAUUCGUGCAAUGAGAUUUAUUGCUCGAUAUACGAAGCAUCAUGGUACAAUAUCAAUCCAAAAAUACAAGCGUUAUACGUAUUAGCAUUGCGAAGAAGUCUAACUCCACCUCGUUUAACCGCUGGUGGUUUAAUAGAAUUGAAUAUGCAAAGUUUCUCAGAAGUAAUAAAACUAUCUGUUUCGUAUUAUACAGUAUUAAGAUCGACGUAAAAAAAAAAAAUUUAUAUAAAAUAUAUAUACGAUGAUAUGACUAUAAUAGAUGUUAUAUGAUAU